AUGAUCGCCACCGGUAUGCCCUAUCCAACCCACAAGGAUCAGCAGCACGGGAGCAUCAGUACCGACUCUGAAGUCAACUCGCACUCUCAGAUCACCACCAGCGCUGCUUCGAUGAGCCGUCUCGCCGCCAACGCACGGGCUUUUCAAUCGCUGCAACAACGACAGGCAUCAUCACAUGGUGAUACUACUACGAUACGACACCACCCAGGCUGCCGCCAAGCAGACGGUGAUAUCUGUACAUGUCAAGUCACGCAGUCUCUUGCGAAACAAGAGACGUUUGUGAUUAACUGUCUUCGAGCGUCCGUCUUGAUGGUCUUGGUGGUGACUGCCACUGGUCUAGCCAUUGGUGUGCACCGCUACACCACCGAGACGGAGACAGAGAACUUUACAGAUCACUUUGAACAUGCCGCCCACCAAGUCAUUGAUUCGUUCCAUGAGGUCGUGGAACGGAACAUUGGCUCGGUGGCAACCAUGUCAUCGCUCAUUACAUCCUAUGCACUACAGGCCAAUUUGAGCUUUCCAUUUGUCACCGUGCCACACUUUGAAGUGCUGGGAUCAC